UUCUCAACGCUGGUCAUUCUGCAUUUUGAGUUUUCAGACUCUUUUGCAUUCACUAAAUUCAUCAUGUCUGGCCGAGGAAAAGGAGGCAAGGGGCUUGGUAAGGGGGGUGCCAAGCGGCACAGGAAGGUGCUCCGGGAUAACAUCCAGGGCAUCACCAAGCCCGCCAUCCGCCGUCUGGCUCGGCGCGGGGGCGUCAAGCGUAUCUCGGGGCUCAUCUACGAGGAGACCCGCGGGGUGCUGAAGGUGUUCCUGGAGAACGUGAUCCGGGACGCCGUCACCUACACCGAGCACGCCAAGAGGAAGACGGUCACCGCCAUGGACGUGGUCUACGCCCUAAAACGCCAGGGCCGCACUCUCUACGGCUUCGGCGGCUAAACUUUGUCUAUUCAAAUUAAACAGAUCAAAAGGCCCUUUUCAGGGCCCUUCA